AUGGCAUUAACCAUCAAGAUAGAGACUCUUAACGAUAGUGAUCAACCUGUAGUGCAAGAGGGCGCAGAAAACGGCUCUAAUUCUCGAACCCCCACCUGCGAAGAAAUUUGUGAUGACGUAGUUCUAUUGUGGAAAGAGGAGCCUGGAACAGAAGAUGCUACGAUCCAACAUCUUUAUGAUAGAAUUGUAGAGAGAAAUCGAAUGUGGAAAUUGAGUGCUUCCCGAUUUCGGGAAAUAUUAAACCAGCAUCACCUUUAUGAUACGGAUCUAGAGACGGUGUCGCUAUAUAAAGAAAAUAUUCAUUUUCCUAAAAUCCUAGACUCUAAUGCUAAGGUUAAGGUAAAUUUUUUAGAUGAUGAACGUGGCAGAGGCCUUUUCGCUGAGAAGGAUUUUGCCAAGGGCCAAAUCAUUCUGAAGGAAAAUAAGCCUAUCGUGUAUGUUCCACCGUUGGACAAGCUUUUUUUUAUUUCUAAUGGAAAAGCUUGUGCUCGCUGUGGCAAAGCCUUGUACGAUUUGACUCAACACAAAAUUAUGGUGCAUUAUCUGGAUUGUGAAGUGUGUAAGGCAAUUUGGUGCAGUGAAAAAUGUAAAAAGGCGCACGCUCCUUUACAUGAACUUUUGUAUCAUUCAUGGAGAUCAAAUAGAAUUGAUAUUCUCCAUGCAGGCAAUUGGAAAAGAUUUGUUAAUUAUUGUGAGAAAUACUGUUUUACGGCUGCCUUUUCCAUUGGUCUUAUAUAUGGAUCUAUGCUCUUAGAUACCACAGGAGAGGUCAGAGAGCAAUGGAAUAAAUUAGCAAGCGUCUCACAAAGAGUAAGGAUCAAAUUAAGAGACGCUAGCGGUAUAGGCAGUACGUUUAAUUUGAUGAAUGGCACAACAGCGCACACCGAAGAUGGAUUUGAUAAUAAUUCCAAAAUGAGCGCUGAGGAAAAUAUUGAUGACGAGACUGUUUGGGAAAAAUGCUACGAAUCAUUUUGUGGCGCAUUCCCUAAGGCUUCUGAAGAAAUAGAUUUGGAGAAGUUUUUGACCAUGAUCGGGACGUUUAAUAUCAAUCAAUACAAUGGGCAAAUGUACCUUUGGAUAUCCUUUAUAAAUCACGACUGUGAACCAAAUGUUUAUAUAGAGCAGACAGAAGAACAUGAGGAAUUGAAAUUGCACGCAAGAAAGCCGAUUAAGAAAGGAGAGCAAAUUUGUAUUACGUACGUUAAUCCUUUGCAUGGGGUAAGGCUGAGACGUAGAGAGUUGAGAGUUAACUGGGGAUUUUUGUGUCAGUGUGACCGCUGUCAAAAUGAACUAUCCACUUUCGAAAGAGUUCCUAAUUUGGAAAAAGAAAAUACGGAUACUAAUUUGACUGUGGAGAAAAUUGAUUCUAAUGACAGUGGUGAAGAUAGUUUUAAGAAAUCAACUGGCAAUCGCAAAUCCUCAAUGAGGGAGGCCCAACCAGAUUUAAAAGAAAUAUUGAAAAAUGGGAAAGAAUUCGAACUGGAUAUCCCGGAAACGGUUGAUACGCAAGGUAAUGUUCGAAGGACUUCAGUUAGAUUUGACUCUAACGUUUCAGUUGCAGUAGAUAAAAGAUGA